UUAGUUUCUUUUCUCUUUAGCUUCCGUUUAUACACCAAGCUAUGUCCAUCCUUGCAGAAAAUCCACAUGAUUUGCCGGACCAUGGUGGAGAUGGGCAUUUCCACCACAGGCCAAGGGCUGCCGGAUUCAAUCCAUUCGGUUCGCCGCCAAAUGACAGCAACAAUGAUGAUUGGGAGGAGAAGUGCCGGUGGCUGAGAUCUCAGGUCAUCGGCUGCGACACCGAGUUCGAGACGCCGUUCGGCCGGCGGCUGAUCACGUACGUGGAUUUCACGGCCUCCGGCAGGUUCAUGCGCUGCGUCGAGGACUACCUCAACCGGGAGGUCCUCCCUUAUUAUGGGAACACUCACACUGAAGACAGCCAUGUCGGGCUGAUCACAUCUAAGAAGGUGCACGAAGCGACGAGCUUCGUGAAGAAAUGCCUCGGCGGCGGCCCACACGACGCGCUCAUUUUUUGCGGCACCGGCGCCACGGCGGCGAUCAAGCGGCUGCAGGAAGUCAUCGGCAUAGCGGUGCCGUCCAUCCUGCGGAAGUCGGUGCUGAGUCAGGUGCCGGAGUCGGAGCGGUGGGUGGUGUUCAUGGGGCCCUACGAGCACCACUCGAACCUGCUGUCGUGGCGGGAAAGCCUGGCGGAGGUGGUGGAGAUCGGGCUGAGCGAGGCGGGCCUGGUGGAUGUCGAGGCGCUGCAGAGCGCGCUGGAGAACCCUAAGUACGCCGGCCGGCCGAUGCUCGGCACUUUCUCCGCCUGCAGCAACAUCACCGGCGUCCUCACCGACACCAGGGCGAUCGCGCGCCUCCUCCACGAGCACGGCGCCUUCGCUUGCUUCGAUUUUGCUUCCAGCGGUCCUUACGUGGAGAUAGAUAUGAAGUCGGGGGAGGCGGACGGCUACGACGCCAUAUUCCUUAGUCCUCACAAGUUCGUCGGCGGCCCCGGCAGCCCCGGCAUCCUGCUCAUCAGCGAUGCCCUUUACCGGCUGAAGGGAGUCGCCCCCUCCACCAGCGGCGGCGGCACCGUCCGCUACGUCGGCCCCCACGCCCACAACGAGGACACAUUGUACUGCGAGGACGUGGAGGAGAGGGAGGACGCGGGCACCCCAGGCAUCGUGCAGAAGAUACGGGCAGCCCUUGCCUUCGCGGUGAAGGAGUACACGGGCCACGCGCUCAUCUACCACAAGGAGAAGGCCCUCGCCACCAUGAGCGUGGCCCGGCUGCUGAGCAACCCGCGCGUCAAGGUGCUGGGAAACCCCGGCCUCCACCACCAGCCCGUCAUCUCCUUCCUCAUCUACCCGCUGGAGGCGCCCGAGCGCGGCGGCAAGCACCUCCAUUGCCGCCUCGUCACCAGGCUACUCAACGAUCUCUUCGGCGUCCAGGCGCGCGGCGGCUGUGCCUGCGCCGGGCCAUACGGCCACUGCCUCCUCGGCAUUGGCUCUGGCCUGUCCAAGGCCAUCCGGUCUGUCAUUGAAAUGGGAUACGACGGAAUCAAACCAGGAUGGACCAGGGUGAGCUUUUGCUACUACUCCCCUAAUGAAGAGAUGGCAUUUGUCACCGACGCGAUCGAGUUCGUCGCCGCCUAUGGCUACCGGUUCCUUCACCUCUAUGAAUUUGACUGGAUGACUGGUAACUGGAACUUCAUGAAAUCCGGAUUCAGGUACAAGAAGGUCAUGAAAUUACUCGAGAAAACUCAAUCAAGCAGAACAUGCCUGUGCAGUCCAGGCAAUGACACAAACAGCAAGUAUGAGGAGUACUUGGAGAUUGCAAGGAGUAUAGCAGCUGAACUGCCUGAUUUUCCAACCAGCCGCGCCAUCCCGGAAGUUCUUGAUCCGCAGCUCGUCACCUUCAUGACCUAGCCGGAACAUAAUCGACAUGGAACAUAUAAAAUCAAUUAAGCAUAGCUUAGUUAGUCUAGAUCAGUGUUAUAUAUCACGAUCAAUAUAGCCAUCCAUCCAUGCAUUAAUAGUGUUACUAGCUAUUUACCUCUAGUAAAGGUGAAAAUCUUUUUCGCCUGAACAAUAAACCUCUGGUAUUGUGCUUCAAUAACUGAUUGUGGUGAAAGCCUUUUUCACCUUAGGAAAGUUGUCCAGUAUUAUGCAGCAUAUAUAGGUUCAUACUAUCAUGGAUAGAGCAAGAUGUGUGAAACCCUCUUUCACCUACCUGCCCUGCUACCAUGAAUAAAUCAUAUAAAGGUUGAAACCCUCUUUCAACUCUUUUAGUUGGUCUCAGCUCUUGGAAAUAUAUGAAGUUAAUGUUUGGCAUAUCAGCCAAUAUGAUUGCAGAGUUA